UAAUAGUUCACAUUCUCCAUAUAAAUCGGCUCCUCAUUCAUAAACCUCUAGAGCUAAAGCUGAUCUCCUCCUAUCGCGUUGAUCUAGUCUCAACAAAAUGGUUACUGAGCUUAUGGCAGGGGCUGCUCUUGGACUUACUCUCCAAGUCAUCCACGAAACCAUAAAAAAAGCAAUAGAUAGAUCUUUAGCCACAAGCAAAAUCUUGUACCGUCUUGAUGCUACAAUCUGUAGGAUCACUCCGUUUGUGAUUCAAGUCGAUAAGCUCAGUGAAGAAGUGGGGGAUUCUUCGAGGAAAAUCAUUAAAGAUCUUACGGAACUGCUUGAAAACGCUGCUUCUCUUCUUAAGGCUUAUGCGGAGCUCAGACGCAGAAAUUUAAUCAAGAAGUAUAGGUACAGGAGAAGCAUAAAAGAGUUGGAAGCUUCAUUGAGAUGGAUGGUAGAUGUGGAUGUUCAAGUCAUCCAAUGGGCUGAUAUCAAAAAACUCAUGGCCAAGGUGUCUGAGAUGAACACUAAACUUGACGAAAUCACGUGUCGGCUAUCAGAUGGUCCUUGGUUCAAGAAGAAUCAUAGCAUAUUACAAAGUAGUAAUCAGAAUACUGUCAAAGAUACCCAGUCUUCAGAGGAAAAUGUUGGAUGUCUGAGUGAGGGAUCUAAACCGAAGAUCGAUAUCCACAUUCAAUGGAAAUCAAGAAAAAUGAACAAAGAUCGUGCGAUACGAUUCACUUUGAUCACGUAAAAUAAAAUUAUUUGUACAAAAUAAAGUGAUCAAAUGUUAUUCUGUGAAACAUUAUCAGUUAAGUGUGUAGAAAAUAAAAUUAACUGAUCAAAUGUGAUUCUGUGGAACAUGAUUAGCUUAAAAUGGGGUUGUAUACACAAAUUAAUUGUAAAAUUUAUUUUUAACACAAAUCUGAUGUAUAAAUGUGCCAAUAGUUAUGAAAAAAAAUAUAAAUAUA